CCAACCCCAGGGCCAAGUCAAGAGUUCAGUCACUACCUUCCCACAGCCAGCUCAGCCAGGCAAAGCCGAGGGAGUGGGACAGAUUCUGGGAGUGCAGUGGGGAGGAGCCCUGGCUCUGCUGAGCAGGAGCUGCCUGGCUGUCAGUACCAGAGCCCAGGCCUCAGAGCCCUGCUGGAGGAGGUGGACAACGUGGAGGCAGGCCCAGAGAGGAGUGAGGCAGGGAGAUGGCUGACUGCUAUACAGAGCUGGAGAAGGCCGUUGUCGUCCUGGUGGAAAACUUCUAUAAAUAUGUUUCCAAGCACAGCCUGGUCAAGAACAAGAUCAGCAAGAGCAGCUUCCGCAAGAUGCUGCAGAGAGAGCUGAACCACAUGCUGACGGACACAGGGAACCGGAAGGCAGCUGACAAGCUCAUCCAGAACCUGGAUGCCAACCACGAUGGGCGCAUCAGCUUUGAUGAAUACUGGACCAUGAUAGGCGGUAUCACCAGUCCUAUGGCCAACCUCAUCCGCCAGCAAGAGUGCCAGCAGGAGCAGCAGGGCAGCAGCUAGAGGCCCCUCUUAGGCCCUUUUCAUUGUCCUGACCCAUGCAUGUCCUGCCAGUGUUCUUCCCAUGCUUUUUUUUUUCAUUGACCUUUUCCUCUCUUCUCCCUCCAGACCUGCUCCUACCCUUGCUGAAUAGCACAAGAGGGUGGGGGAUGGGGUGGGGGCCAUCAAGACCUCUUUGUGAGUGUCUCACUGUGGUUGUGCUUCCGGAGCAUUCAGUCUGCAGGCCCUAUGGGGCUCGAUGCUGUCUGGGGGCCCUCAAGAGUUUCCUCAUUUGUUGAGUCUGUAUACUCUCAAAAUGGCUGCUGUUCCUGUCUGAACCUUGUCUGAUUCUGGGUCUGUCCUGACCUCUGGAGGUCAGCUUGCUGCUUGAGGUCUCCCAGCUCCUGGCUGUGGCAGCUGGGGAAGUGGCAGCACCAGUAUUAUCUUCUUCUCUUCCUACCAAUUUCUUAGCUGGGUGGAGAGGCAUUCCCAGGGUGCCUGUCCAGCUGUCUCUGUCUGGGAAUGACCUAACCUGGGUUGAGCCUCCUCUCUGCUCUGCCACUAAAAUAAAGGCUGGAUUUGGAGUUUGUAACUUC